GACCAUGGCGUUUAUGGUGAAGACCAUGGUAGGCGGUCAGCUAAAGAACCUCACUGGGAGUCUAGGGAGCGGCGAAGACAAGGGAGACGGGGAGAAGUCGGCGGCCGAAGCUCAGGGCAUGAGCAGAGAGGAGUAUGAGGAGUAUCAGAAGCAACUGGUAGAAGAGAAGAUGGAGCGGGAUGCCCAGUUCACACACAGGAAAGCGGAGCGCGCCACGCUGCGGAGCCACUUCCGUGAUAAAUACCGGCUGCCUAAGAAUGAGACAGAUGAGAACCAGAUCCAGCUGGCAGGUGGAGAUGUGGAGCUGCCCCGGGAACUGGCGAAGAUGAUUGAAGAGGACACAGAAGAGGAGAGGGCAGCUUCGGUCAUGGGGCAGCUGGGUAGCCUCUCUGGCUUGGACCUUGGCUCACUCAAGGACAAGGCCCAGGCCACUUUGGGAGACCUCAAGCAGUCAGCGGAAAAGUGUCAUGUUAUGUGA